AUGGCAAACAAGGGGCUUGCCAGAUUCAUCCUCUUCCUCUGCGUCUUCAUCGCCGGCGUUGUCGGCAAGACCAACUUUACACAACCGCCGGCCAACGGACCCAACGCCAACUACCAGGACAACCCGGUGUACCAGCCGGGGCAGAAGAUAGACGUACAAUGGAAGUCGGAUCUUGAAACCAUGGACCUCUUUGUUUUCCAGCAGUACCCAGCUGCCGGGAAGGGGGUUCAGUACCUUAAGAAACUCCAAGAAGGCACGAGGUCGACCAGCCUCAUCUGGACCGUGAGCCUCGACGGGCUAAGCAAGAAUGUGCCCAGGGGGGGAAACGCCAUACUCUACUUUGCGGUGCUGCGCGCCAAGAGCCCAGACAAGGACGGCAUAAGCCACUACUUCAACGUGAGCAUACCCGACACGGCCUCGACGACUGCAUCCGCGACCCAAACAUCCGGCGUGCCUACAACAAUUUCCAUGACGACAUCUGCCGUGACGGACGCGCCGUCCAACACCACGACGCCCGAGCCCGAGAGUUCUGGAGGGAGCAACUCGGGCCUGUCCCCGGGGGGCAUUGCCGGCGUGGCAGUCGGCAGCACAGUCGGCGGCAUCCUGCUCCUCGGCGGCAUAGGACUGCUGGCGUGGAAGAAGAUGCAGAGGGGCAAGCCGGCUGAAGAAGCUCAAGUCUCGGAAGCAAAGCCCCCGGAGCUGGCGGGCCCUGCUAUUCACGAAGCGCCUUCUGAGCAUCACCAGCCCCGUGAUGCGCCUAUAUACGAGGCCCCGUAG